ACUAUUCAGAAAUCAAGCACCAUGUACGAGUCAAGGAGAAAUUCAGAAUGGUCACCAUCAGACCUCACCGCAGUCCCGACACCCACCAUAUCUCGCACACCAACACUAGCCCUCGACAUCAACAACCCAGCCGACCUAGAAGCCCAACUCCUCCGUCUCAAAGAACGCAGAGGCAGUGAUAACAGCACAACCUCAACUGCAACUCACAUAUCAACCCCCGACCUCGAACAAAACCAAACGUCCGAAACAACGACAACACCCGCAAAACCAAACACCCUGUCGACCUACCUAACCCACCCUAUCACGCCAUCCUCUACCUACACCCUGACCCAAUUCCUCCUCCUCUCCCUCGCCACAGGAAUAAUAGACGCAACCACAUUUUCCCUCUACAGCGUCUUCGUCACAAAACAAACAGGCAACACCAUUUUCCUCGCCCUCGCCGCCUUGCAACACACCUCCGUCUCCCAAACCGAACCAAACGUCGCAAUCUCCAUAUCCCUCUUCUUCUGCUCCGCCAUCCUCUUCGGCCACCUCGGUCACCGCAUGGGUUCAUCCACAUGCCUCUGGCUAUCGGUGUCAAAUCUCAUCUCCACCGCUUUAAUCUUCGCAGCAACAGCUCUCCGCUAUUUCGGCCCUGCUCAACGCACCGGUCCCUACGCACUGGGCGUCAUCGCUCUCCUCAGUAUAGGCAUGGGCGCUCAAGUCACCAGUGCAUUUUCCGCAAAGAUCCCCGAUGUAAAUACCACCAUGAUCACAGGCGCCAUCGUCCAACUCGCCACCGAUGAAACCGUAUUUGCAAAAGACAAUGUUGCGAGGACGAGACGGGUGUUGUUUUUCGGAGCCAUGUUGGCGGGUGCGUUUGUGGGGGCUGGAUGUGCCAGUUGCAUGGAUGCGGCGCUGGGAUUGCUGGUUGCGGGGAUCGUCAAGAGUGCGGUUACGAUCAUGUUUUUGUUCUGAGAUGACCUAGGGGGGAGGAGGAGAGGGAUCGAAGAACAGGACAGAGGGGAGGUAAUGAUGGUGUGGUAUGGCGUUUGAGGGUCUCCACAUGCUCUGAUGAUUUUUUUAUGACAAGGUACACGAUUUCUAAUGACGCAAAAAGAUAGAUAUGAGAUUAAUGACAUGAUGCACGAAAGAUGGUCA